GGUGUAGCAGAAACAAAGGACCACAGAAAGGCUGAGGUCCUCUGAUCCCACUUUGACACACAGGCACGGAAAUACUGUUCAAUCCGUGCUCUUAGAAUUCAGAGCGUAGACAUGAGAGAAGGGAGGGAUUUGCCACUUAUAGGCAGGAAGAGAACUGUGAGUAAUGGCCCUUAAAUAGAAGCAAGAGCUAAGCAAGCACCUGCUGUACUGCUCCAACAGCCAGAGAGUUGGACAGGGCUGCAUCCAUAGAAAGCAGUAACAUUUAACGUAAAAAACUGGGGACUAGUUUUUGGAAAAAGGAGGAGACGAAGAAAACUUGAAGAAGGGAAGGAGUACACCAAGCAGACAGGAUGGGGGCUUGGGUUUUCUUACUUUGCCACAUGAGGAUUGAGGGAAGUAGCUGAGAAUUUGGAAGCGUCUGAUUUUAAUUUAUGGGAGACAUUUCCAAAACAUACAACUGUGUUGCAUAACUCUUUGCAAAUAAGUGCAUGGGCUGAGAAUCCAUAACCUGUAGUGCUGCCAGAGGCAUUAGCAAGGGGUGAAGUAACAGUGCACAACAUAAAAGUUGAAGAAAGUCCCUGGCAUCUCCACAGACCCUGCCCUAAGGGGGGCCAGAGAACAGGAUGGACUGAGCAGAGUAGGAUUAAGCUCCAGAUCUUCUCAACCAGCUAAAGGUUUGCAGCAUGGAGAAAGCACGUGCUGUGGAGAUAAGCUUGGCUUUGCUGGGCCAUUGCAGUGCUCCAUUGUACUCUGCUCAGUUUCCUUUUUCUGUUGUCCUAAUCUCCACUUUAGAGGCAGGAACCCACUGUUAUUUCCACACUGAAAUUUUUGUUUGACUUUCCAUCACUGGGCUGCAAGAAAGAAACACGUGUUUCAGUUCACUGUGUGCUGGUUGGCUGGGUCUGCAUUGCAGCUCUUUACGUGCCUGAUAAAGUUUUUAUAAAGUGGUGAACUGUGCUGGCUGUUGCUUCAGUUUUCUCAGAAGCACAUCCUCUAACUACAUGCUCCUUUUUUUUUCCAGCUGGCUGUCUAAUGAUGCUGCAGCUCCAGGCUUCAGCAAUGAUAUGUUCCUCCAGCUUCAAGAAAAGGUGGAGAGAGGGGAACAGGCCUACUGCUACUGUACCCUGAUGGUACAGGAUGUGUCCCUGCAGAAGAGCCAGGAGUGGGACCAGCAGACCCAGCACCUGACUGGCUUUAUUGACUUGGGAGCAGGCAGCCUUGAUGCUGAUGAAGCUCCGCUGGCCUCAGAAGUGGUAGUUGUCAUGGCAGCCGGUAUCUCAAGCCCUUGGAGGGCUCCCCUCGGCUACUUCUUUGUGAGCAGCGUGACUGGUUGCCUGCUGGCUCAGCUGCUUCGUCAGGCCAUCAGUAAACUGAACAACAUUGGUGUCACAGUGCUGGCCGUGACAUCGGGUGCCACCGCGUGCGGGGCUGAGACGGCGAGAGCUCUGGGGGUCAGGAUGAACCCCCAAAGGAUCCGCUGUGCUUUCCAUCACCCGCCCAGCUCCACUCACUGCAUUGCAUACUUCUUUGAUGUUUGUCACGCUCUCCGGUUGAUAAGGAACACACUGCAAUACUCCCAGAAGAUACAGUGGCUCAGUGACACUGUGCAGUGGCAGCAUGUGGUGGAGCUGGCAACUUUACAGGAGAAAAAGCUGUUAGGGCCCACAUCAGGCCAUCCAGAGAGCAAAGAGACUUGCCAGCUAAAGGUUAACCUUGCUGCCCAGUUGUUCAGUGACGGCGUUGCUGAUGCACUGGAGCACCUCCAGAAGCUGGGCCUGGCCUCAUUUCAGAACUGUGGUGGUACAGUCAAGUUUCUGCGUACGAUGAGCCGUCUGUGCGAUGUAUUUCAUGGCAGAGGUCCCUAUUGCAGUGGACUGAAGGGGCCUUUGCUAGCUGGAAAUUACAACAAAAUCAGCCCCCUCUUCCAUGAGGCCAAGAGCUUCUUUGUUACCUUAACAGACUCUACAGGGAGAUACAUUAUUAAGAGCAAACGCAGACUGGGCUUUCUGAGUUUUUUGCUCAAUGCUGAGAGCCUCAAGUGGCUUUACAGCAACCCUGUGCUUCAAGAGGGUGCUCCUUCUCACCGCCUCCUGACCUCUGCCUUCAGCCUUGAGCCGUUGGAGCAGUUUCUCUGGGCUCUCCGGCAAGCCUGCAGCGCUGGCAGUGGGAACCCCACCUGUGCCAUGUUUCAGGCUGCCUACCGCAAAGUGCUGGCUGGCUGCAGCCUGGCGCCAGACACUCUGCACAGCACAGCAAGUAUAAGCAGCUUGGACUUGUCCCUGUCUCACAGGACAGACCUUACCCUUGGCAGCAUUUGUUCUCAGUAUAACCCAGCUCAUAGGCCGAUGCUGGCAGCAGAGCUCCCUUGUGCUGGCCUUCUUUUGCGUGACUCUCCUCUGAGCAAUGCACUUACAGACCUAUCACUGCACAAGCAAAGCAUCACCUAUGCUGCAGGCUUAGUUGCUGAGCAGUUAGCCUCCAACUUGCGAUGUGAGGCUUGUGUUGCAUCCCUCUUUGAGUCAGGGAGCAGGCUAAGGUGCGGAGCAGUGCUCUACAUCAAGAAGUUACACGGACUAAGCCUGCCCUCAGCAAGUGUGCACCACGUGGCAUACAUUUCUGAACAAAUCCUGAGCAGGCACAGACAACUGGGAGAUAACAAGAACUCUAAGUUACAUUAUUUGUCUCUAGAACAGAAAAUUUUCCAUGAGCUUCUGGGACAAAAUCACCUCUUCCCUACCCUUUCUGAGCACCUAUUUGAGGGGGAAUUGCACACUGACAAUCACUACUCAAUCUUAGUGAAGGGAAUAGCAGAGUGUUACUUAAACAUCAGAACAAACCAAGCCCAAAAAUUGAACUUCAGUUACCACUGUGGCAGGCACAGAUUGAAGAAAGUGAAGGGAAAGCAUUUAUUCCCAUCACAGCUAGGUAGCUGUUGGUCAAGCCAAACCCAUGCAGGAUCAUGAAUAUUUAUUGCUGUCCUCCAGCUCAGUGGCCAGAUCCAUGCAAUAGGUGCCCAGCAAACCACAUGGUGUCUUUCCAUGAUUUGCCAUGCAAAACUAGUGUUGACGAGUGAUGACUUGGGACACUGUGAAUGUUCUGACCCAAGUUUGAGUAGGCAAAGCAAGGAAGUCCAUCUAGCAACUCUUUGAAGCAGCCACAUAUUUCGUGCAACUCAGGAUAGGAAGCAGUUGCUUAAAUGCCUGGGGAGGUGGCAAGGAACAGCAUGGUGUCUGCUCCUGAUGCUGGCUAGCAUAGUGCUGCGAGUGCUCUUGCUAGGAGAAAAGAUGCAUCCAUAUUUGCAAGGGGCAGGGGAGUGGUGUGCUGCUAACUUGAUUUUACCAUUAGCAGACUUGUGAUUAAAUCAGCUGGAACUAAGAGACUCUAAAGGGAAAAUGCUUAAAAACGGAAAUAAAUCAUACGGAAACAAAA